GCAAACUCCUGAUCAGCUCCAAUGCCCCGCACCCCUCCCUGCGUCUCUUCCCACUUCCCCAAAAGCCCAGUAUAAGGGUUGCCUCUGGGGCCCAGCAGCCAGAGACACUGACACCAGAGCCUCAGACUCUCAGGAGGGGCUGUGCAGACACACUGGACAUCUCAGGGAGGAAAAGUGGAGCUGUGUCCCUGUCACAAGACUGAGUAGAUAUGAAACGCCCUCUGCUCCUGCCCCUUCUCCUGCUGGGGACAGUUGCUGCUCUUCAUCUGGAGAGUGAUGACCCCCAUUUGGACAUCCGAGAGACACAGACCGACCUGAUCCAGGAUGUGGAAGGUUCAGGGGCACAAGAGGGGGAGUUGUCUCUGACAGAGGAGGUGAUUCAGUCAGAAGGAGAGGAGGCUGAGGCUUCCACCAAUCAAGACACCUUUGAGGAUGAGCAGGCCAUGGAGUUGCACCCAGCUGCCCUAGGUGAAGACUUGCAGUGCCCCAGGGAAGAGGAUACAGUUCAAUUGUCUGGCUCUCCUGGGUGCAAGACCCGCCACUACCGCUUGGUGCAAACUCCUACGACGUUUUGGGCUGCUGAGAAUGUCUGCAGGAGUCGCUACCGAGGCCAUCUUGUCUCUAUACACAGCUCCAGCUUAAACCGUCGCCUCCAGCACAUGAUCAAGGAUAUCCACCAAGGCCAGGCCUGGAUUGGAUGCUACUUGUUGCCCAUGCCCCUGAAACCGACAUGUUCCUGGACUGAUGGGAGCCGCUGUGAUUAUAAAAACUGGGCCCUGCAGAAGCUUGGAAUUAUCGGAGUUGGCUGUGUUGCUCUAAGCAGCAGAGAUGGUCACUGGCGAGGAGCUCCUUGCGAAACGCGUAUGCCCUUCAUCUGCUCCUUCUAAGCCGCUGACUCGGAGACCCUGCCUUGAAGCCUCCUCCCUUCACAGUUUCCCGUCUGCCCCCUGGACACUGGGCUCGUCCCCUUGUCCCUCCUGGAAAUAAAACCACACUUCCCACAGCA